GCCCGGUUACUACCUGGAACCGUAAGCUUCUUCCAAUCAUUCUGAGUCGCCUCUCCUCUUCCUCCACUUUCUCUCUCUUUUACCAAAAAUAUCUCCUUUUUCACUCUAUUAUCGUUUGAUUCUCCUCCUCAUCGUGAUCUCUGACGCAUCAGUCUUGACGGAAAUGAGAACUGCCAAGGGGAAGGGGACGGUGACUAAGGAUACUAAGGAAACACUCAAGCCUGUUGAUGACAGUAGCAGUUAGAAAGGUUGGGAAGAGGAAAGCUUCUACGAAGGCUGAAAAGAGCACCAAAAAGAUUGCGAAGACUGGAAAAGGGGCCAAGAAAGAUCGAAACAAGCCGAAAAGGCCACCAAGCGCUUUCUUUGUCUUUCUUGAGGACUUCAGGAUAACCUUCAAGAAAGAAAAUCCCAAUGUGAAAGCUGUGUCAGCUGUGGGAAAAGCUGGAGGGGAGAAAUGGAAAUCGUUGUCUAAAUCUGAAAAAGCUCCAUUUGAAGCCAAAGCAGCAAAAAGGAAGUCUGAAUAUGAGAAGCUUAUGAAUGCUUACAACAAGAAGCAGGAAAGUGCAUCCGAUGACGACGCCGAUGAAGAAUCUGAAAGGUCAAGAUCUGAAAUUAACAACGAAGAAGAUGUUGAAAGCGCAGAGGUAGUUCUCUCUUUCCACCUUGCAAUGUCUCUUAAGCUUCAAGUAUUAGCUAACAGCCUAGCACACACAUGUUAUUUUCUAGUCUAGUGUUGAAUGUAUUGUUUUUGUUUACUCGAAUAUUUGGCUUGAUCUUUGUCAACCCUAAACUACUUUUGUUUUGAAUUGUAAAUGUUUUAAAUUAACUUGCGAUCCUUUCUAAAAUCCAGCCACAAAAAUGAAAUUGUGAUGUCUUACAACUAUAGUCUUUUAACCAAAAUUAUCCCUAGAGCUUGUGUGAUGUAGUUUUGUUUUUGGAUUAAAUGAUCAAAAUACAUUGAAUGAUUUAGUUGAUGAAGUUAUUGAUCAAACAAGCCCUAGUUUCUAGCGACAACUAAAUAUUCUUACUGUUGAACAGGAAGAUGAUGAAGACGAUGAGGAUGAAGAAGACUGAAGUUGGACAUUUGAAAGAAUUGGUGCAAUGAAUCUUACACUUAUGGAGCAAUUCUGAUUGAUGUUGUAUGUUAAUAUGUUAGAUUAUUUGCAUAUAUAUAAAUAUAUAUAACCUUUCAUUAAAGGGUGGAACAUAAUACAUCAUUCUAUAUGGCAAUGUCUAAUGUAUUGUCUUGUUACCUUUUACCUACCUUGUUUGGGAUGAAGUCCAUACUAUGUUUUACAUGAAUAUGACUGUCUUUUGUUUCAUUUU